AUGGUAGUCGCUGGAGACCUCAAUGCUCAAGUGGGAUCCUUGGACGACACCGCCUUACAUGGAAACCACCAACCUCCUCACAGUGCUGAACUCAAAUCGACCAGAUCGCCAUUAGCCACAGCUAGCGAGGUUCCAGUAAAGACUGCCACUCCUAUCGGUCAACACCCGUGGACACAAACCAUGCCCUGUAACGAGCCAGAUGCUCCAUGCGCCUGGUAA